GGGCUUACACUUCAUCGACAUCUGCAGGCUUUCAGCCAAAUCUGUACAGUCUAGACAUCAGCGAUAAUAAGUCAGACGAGACGACUAAGCUGCCGGGCGGGCGGGCGCCCGACCAAGGAGUAAUAGAGAGCACAGCGAGUCCGUGAACGAGAGUGCGCGAUAGCAGAACGAACGAGAACGAGGCCGACGCCUCCCGGCCGUGCGUGAUGAUUGAAUGGUCAGCGUUUCGGGCGAUAGAGCGUGUCCCAGACAGAAGGUUGUCGGCGGUAGGUGGCAAGCAUGCGAAUGACGUCGACGGGAUGCAGCGCGAUGCUACGAGCAGAGCUCACGAACCAUCGCGCGAAGCAUCCGCCGGACCCGUGUUCGCAGGCGUCAGCGUCUCCUGUGACGCCUCCGCGCCCAGCUUUCCAUCUUCCCUGCUGCUCCCCACUGCAGUUGCGCUGCCCGACGUGGAAUCCACGAUAGCCUCCCCGCUCUGCGCCUCCCCCAGCCUCUCACCACCGUCCAGCUCCCCCAGAAUGCCGUCCGUCUCAGGGUUCCAGUUCGCCAGCGUCAGCGAGAGCCGCGACGGCCGCCGCUCGCUCCGCGGCCGCAGCACCGGCGAGCGACGAGGGUCCGUAGCAUGCCCGUCCUCGGA